AUGAUGCAAGCAUGCGACAGCCUACCAAUCAACCUAGGCAUUACGGGCAAGGGUAACGACUGCGGCAAGAAGAGUCUCAGAGAGCAGAUCCUAGCAGGCGCAGCAGGCCUCAAGCUUCACGAAGACUGGGGCUCCACCCCAGCAGCAAUCGACAACUGUCUCGAAGUCUGCGACGAGUACGACGUGCAGUGCAUGAUCCACACAGACACACUGAACGAAUCCGGUUUUGUCGAGCAGAGCAUUGACGCCUUCAAAGGCCGCACAAUCCACACAUACCACACCGAAGGCGCAGGCGGCGGCCACGCCCCAGACAUCAUUUCCGUGGUCGAACACCCCAACGUCCUUCCCAGCAGCACAAACCCAACCCGGCCCUUCACCCUCAACACCCUCGAUGAACACCUCGACAUGCUAAUGGUCUGCCACCACCUAUCAAAGAACAUCCCCGAGGACGUAGCCUUCGCCGAAAGCCGCAUCCGCGCAGAAACCAUCGCCGCCGAAGACGUCCUCCACGAUAUCGGCGCCAUCAGCAUGAUGUCAUCGGACUCGCAAGCAAUGGGCCGCUGCGGCGAAGUAAUUCUCCGCACCUGGCACACAGCGCACAAGAACAAGACGCAGCGCGGACCGCUCGGCAGCGACGCCGACAGCGGCGCGGACAAUUUCCGCGUGAAGCGAUACAUCAGCAAGUACACCAUCAACCCAGCUCUGGCGCAGGGAAUGGCGCACGUAAUCGGGUCCGUGGAGGUCGGCAAGGUAGCCGAUUUGGUGCUGUGGAAAGCGGCGACGUUCGGCACGAAGCCUGUAUCUGUUCUGAAGAGCGGAAUGAUUGUUGCUGCUGAGGUUGGAGAUCCGAAUGCGUCGAUCCCAACUGUCGAGCCGAUGAUUACGCGGCCCAUGUUUGCUGCGCGCGUCCCGGCUACGUCUAUUAUGUUUGUUUCGCAGGCUUCUAUCGAUGCGGGUAUUGUGCAGACGUAUGGAUUGAACAAGCGUGUUGAGGCUGUGAAGAAUUGUCGUUCUGUUGGGAAGAAGGAUAUGAAGUUUAAUGAUGUUAUGCCGAAGAUGAAGGUCGAUCCGGAAAGUUAUACUGUCGAGGCGGAUGGGAUGCUUUGUGAUGCAGAGCCGGCUUCGGAGUUGCCUUUGACGCAGGCAUAUUACAUCUUCUGA